AUGUCGUGGGACGAGGAUGUUAUUGGAGGUUCCGCUACGAACGGAGAUGAUGCAGUUUUAAUGGAAUCCUGGGAAGACGGACUAGAUGAUGAACCAGUGUUAGAUUCAUGGGACAAAGAUGAAGGUGAAGAAAAGAAACCACAGGCAUCCUCUGAAAGUGCCAAGAAGACAGCAGCAGCUUCUAACAAGAAGAAGAAUGGUGGUAAGAAAGAAAAAGAAAGUUCAGAACCCCCUAAACUAGCCAUAGAUGAAUUAGACCCAAAAACUCGCCAAGAGUUGAUGAAGAAAGCAGAGCUAGAGUCCGAUUUGAAGAAUGCAAGUGAUCUAUUGGGUGAAUUAGAAUUAGCAGGUGAACACCCAAGGGCCCAAGCUGCCAAGAGAAAGGAAGAAGAAGACCUGUUUGCCAAACUAGCAACUCCAUUGACCAAGGACACCCCCAUUGGUGACCACCCAUUGUUUCAACAGGCAGAAACAAAGAAGGACUACCAAGAAUUGAGAAAGUCCUUGGCAACUGCAAUUACGCCGUUGAACGAGAAAUCUUCACUCAACUACUCUUCGUCUUUGGCAAUCGAUUUGAUCAGAGAUAUCUCCAAACCAAUGGCUAUCGAAUCCAUUAGACAAACGGUAGCUACCCUAAACAUUCUUAUCAAGGACAAGGAGAAGCAAGAAAGACAGGCCAGAUUGGCAAAAGUUAAAGGUGGUACCGCUACCGGUGGUGCCGGUAAAAAGAAAGCCAAGGCAAAGACAAACCUCGGUGGAUCUUUCAAGAAGGACCAAGACCUCGAUAUUGGUGGUGAAUUGGACUUGGGAGACUUCAACGAUGACGAUUUUAUGUAA